AUGUACAAGAAAUUCACGUUCCUGUACAUGACCGGGAAGAGGAAUCUUCAGUGCGCCAAGAAGGUGGCUACGAAAUGCGAGGCGCGCGUCACACUGGACGCGCUGGGAAAUAUCGUCUCCGCAUACACCGAGCAUAACCACCCACCUCCGAAGUACCGACGCACACCUCAGGGGCUCUAUAUUAAAAUCAGAUCGAGUACAGGCUCAGCUAUUAUUCCAGACGAGAUCCGUUUCCUGCCGACCACUGGCGGGAAGACGCUCAUCGUGUACCAGGGCUACACGUUCUCGUAUAUGAACCGCAAGCGCAACCUGCGCUGCUCCCGCAAGCUGACAAAUCACUGCAACGCGCGAUUCACACUUGACGCUGAGGGGAACAUAGUGUCUGGCUUCGCUGAGCACAACCACCCGCCGCCGACCUUGCACCGUACCGCCGACGGCCUCGAUCUCAAACUCGCCUCGCGUUUGCUUACAGACGUCCUCCACUUCCUGCGAACGAUCGACGGCAAACAGAUCAUCCUGUACCGCAACUACACGUUCUCCUACAUGAACACCAGACGAAAGUUGCGCUGCUCGAGAAUGUUCCGCGGGAAGUGCACGGCGCGCAUCAUACUCGAUGCGGACGGAAGUAUUUUACUGGCGAAUGCGGUCCACAACCACCCGCCGCCCACGUACCACGUCACCGCCGAAGGCGUUUACAUUAAAGUUCGCAAC